AUGAAGCUGACUGCGAUUGCCGCGUGCGUGGCGACUCUAUUCGCCGGCGUUGCCACAGCCAAUACAUGCGCAGUCAUCGAGGACGUCGCGCCCAGUAUCGAGGUUCGAUACAAGCUUCAUCCCGAGUACACCUCCACCUCCAACGACUACUGGUCGACAGCAUGUGCCAAGCUCGAUCCGUCCUGCGUCGUCUUCCCUGAAUCGCCCCAUGAUGUGGCUGCGAUCCUCGAGAUUCUGGGAAGACAGAACAACACUGACAGAUUUGCCAUCAAGUCCGGAGGGCACAACCCCAACGUCGAGUGGUCGAGCGUCGACGAGGGACCCCUCAUCUCGACCGAGAAGCUUGACCAGGUCAUCCUCGAUGAGGGCAGUGGCAUCGUUCGCAUCGGCCCAGGCCUGCGGUGGGACGCCGUCGCCGAUGCAUUGGACGGCAGCGGAUGGUCAGUGGUAGGAGGAAGAAUAGGCAAUGUUGGCGUUGGCGGCUACAUGCUGGGCGGUGGCCUUUCGUUCAUGUCGCAGCAGUAUGGCUGGGCCGCAUCCUCCCUCAUCGACGUCGAGCUUGUCACGCCCAACGGCACCAUUGUGACGGCCUCGGCAGACGAGCACCCUGACCUGUUCCGCGCUCUCAAGGGGGGAGGCAACAAUUUUGGCGUCGUGACGAGCUACACUGUCCAGGCGUACCGUCAGGAUGAUAUUUAUGGCGGCACCGUCUUCUUCCCUCGCAAGCCGGACACGGAUGAGCUCAUGCUGCAAGCCAUCCAGGACUUCACCCGCUACAACAAGGACGAAAAAGCCGCCAUCAUCCCCACGGCCGAGUACACCGGUGGCGGCAUCCUCGACGGGUGGAUCGUCUUCUUCUUCUACAACGGACCAGAGCCACCAGAGAGCACCUUCACCAACUUCACGUCCAUCCCCCACCUGACCGAUACCCGCAAGACGCAGAGCUUCGCCAGCCUCGUCAACGCCAACAACUUCUUCGUCCUCCGUGGCUCCGUCUACCUCAUUGGCACAGAGACCAUCCCCCUGCCGACGGACCCCGCGUCCGACAUGGCGUCCGAGUUCCUCCCCCAGGUCCACGAGCGCUGGCGCAACGUCACCCUCGGCGAGAAGUUUGUCUCUGGUGUCAUCGGCUCCAUUGCCUACCAGCCGUUCCCCCGCCGCAUCGCACAACUUGCCAGGGCCAUGGGCGGCGACUUGAUGGACUUUGACGACGACGUCGACCGCAUCAUCAUUGAGCUCAACUACAGCUUCUUCCUGCAGCUUGACUAUGAACGGAUGAGUGCUGCCAUGGAGGCGGCGUUUGGCGGCAUCCGGGAGAUUGUCGUCGACGGGCAGGAAGAGGGGGCCUUGCCAGACGCUUACCUGCCCUUGUUCUCGAACGAUGCGUUCCAUACACAGGAUUACUAUGCGAGACUGAGGCCCGAGAACGCGGAGCUGGCAAAGACACUGGCGGACGAGCUCGAUCCUGAGGGCUUGUUCAAGGAAAGGACGGGAGGCUGGAAGCCGUGA